AUGGCCAGCAGACCUUGGGACACUCUCCCGGCCGAGACCCUAGUCAGUAUUGCGGCCCAUCUCGAGGGCGUUCAUCUGCCGGACCUCUCGUCCUUCGCCCUCACGAGCAAAUCCUGCUACGCCGCUGCCGCGUGUCACUUGUUUCGCGACGUCCACAUCCGGAUCAAACAUCCUCGGAAGCUACACCGAGAUGUCGCCAAAUGGCUCGCCGUGUUGAGGCACGCAAAUGCUGCGAGACACGUCCGACGCCUGGUGAUGACGUUCGAGGACAAGACGCUCCACCACAGCGACCUAUACUCGCCCGACCGCCUGAAGCUGACGCCCGAGUCGGCUGACAGUCUCAGCUACGCCAAGCGCAUGCUACCAGAGAACCGCCGCCUCCGUGAUGCCUUUGUGAACCCGGAAGCGUGGGCUCCCAUGGUCCAGCUGCUAAAGGUCCUGGCCGGGUUGACCGAUAUGGUGAUCGAGCACGAGAGUAGCUUUUCGCCCUACCUUCUCGAAGCGCUUGGCACCCAGCACACCAAAUGUCUGCUCGAGCUAAGGUGUUUCGACCUUCACUGUACCGAAGGCACUUCGUUCAACCCAUACGACGUUGCACUCCUUCUGUCGCCCCAGUUACACGGCAUCUCUAUCAAAGAAUAUUUUCAGUCCUUUACCGGCCACACGAACGAAUCCGUCGUUUCCAGGCUCGUCAAGGGCUUGUCGCCGAGCCUCAAGAAGGUUGAGCUGGAGCCGGUCUUUGGGGCCAGAUACCACAGGAGAUGCAACCCUGAAUUCGAAAGCCAACUGCAAACUUUGAUAUCCCAAGCGACGAGCGACAAUCUCAAAUAUUGGAGGAACGCAGCGAAGGCCACCGUCGCACCUAAAAUUGGGUCCGUACCUUUCCUCUCCCUACAGAGGACCAGUCCGGAGAGAAUACGGGCGUGGGUCGAGACGACGGACUUUGCCCUGUUGCGCCAUCUGAGGCUGAACACGGGAUCGAGGGAGCUGCGCUGGCUUGCAAAGCACGCUGAGUUUCGCCAGCUCGACAGCCUUGAGCUGCACAAUCGCGGCUACAUCGGUGCUCCUUCGGACGAGGAAAACUUCGACGAAAUAGAGAAUGCCGCCGUAGAUUUCCUAGCCGGCAUGCCCGCGUUGACGUCGCUAUCACUCGAAGGCCAGCUAACUUCGCCGAUGCUCCGAACAGCAGUCUCCCGGUUCGGUGGCACAUUGCGAAAACUGAUGCUUCGGCCGACCGCCAACGGCCUCUUGCCGGAAGAGGAUAUCAAGCUCGGCCCAGAGCACAUCGACCUGCUCCCCUUGGCGUCCCCCUUGUUGGAGGACUUGACGAUCACGGUGGCCGUCCCCACCUUCCUUUCGCAAUCGACAGAGUUGGCCGGGAUAUGCGAGAGUCUCGCACGGGUCCCGCACCUUCGGAGUCUGCACUUGACACUACGCUCAACGACAGAGGAGGAUCCACUGAUGGUGAGCAAGCGAAGAAGGCCUCGUAUCGAUCGCGAUGGGAAAUUUCAAUCGCCGGAUAUCCUGAGAGAGGAACUCACAGACGAGGUUGUGAAGUGGGCUUGGGAAGCCAUCUGUGAGAGGGGUUCUCGCUUGGAACUACUGCGGAUGGAUACUCUGUAUCGGUGGAGCGGCGCCCGCAAGUCUGAAAAGGUUCACCAGGUGCGCAGAAUCGGGGCUAUGGGCGAGGGAGUUGUGGCCGAGACGCUCUACCGACGGAACAGGGUAUUGAGAUGGCGGGAAUGA